AAAUUUCGGCUACAAUGAGGAGGAAAGAGCCACGUUUAACAUGGAAAAGCGAACUUUAAUUCUGGUAUUUUUUAGUGAUUGCACUUCGAGAUUAAACGCAUUUUUUUUUUUACUUUAUAUGCGCGUGCUUACUCAUAAUUAUUUUUCUCUCGACAGAUUACCCUGUGCAUCGCUGGUUUAAGUUAUUGUGUGCUGUUCGCAUCAUGUGAUGGUGAGUUGUCAUAACUAUUUUUUUGCAACCGUUUCACAAAAGAUUGAGUAUACAGCCUUACUGGAACACGUUUCUACCUUUAGGGUUUCUGACAGGACGGUUCAAAGGCUAAACAGUCAGACAGGUUUCUUAACAUUAUUGAGUAGAUUAACUUUUAAAUAACGGUCUCUCCCUAACUUCUGCAAAGCGUGAACUGAGUACUUUUCGCAUAAUAUGGCUUGAAUCCAUUUCUAAGAAAUAAUAUUGGCUCUUUUAGUGAGAUGUGUAGAGGUAUACAAAUUAUCCUUUAGUAAAUGCUUAUAGUUUUAUAAACCAGGAUAUUAAGUUGGUAAAGAAAAAGGUUCAGACUGAAUAAUUUAUCAUUUCUUAUAAACUUUGUUUUGGCCAUAAGCCGCCAAUUCUUUUUAGUAAAAUUUUAAUACAGGGAAUACCAGCACGGGAGGGUAAGUACUUGAGAAAGUUCAAAAGACUACUAAUCAGCCGAGAAGAAUCCAUUUAGAACACUUAUCUUGCUUAUGACUUAGCAUAAGUGACAUUGCGUUUUGUAGGUCAUUAUAAUUAAUUAUAGAUAAUCAACGGGUUUUCUAAUAAAAAGCAAGAUAGUAAUCAUGAUUCCAGUCUUGUAAAAAGUUAUAACGACUUUUUUUCAUCGUUAAUAAGUAUAAGCCGCAAAAAAAAAAAUAAAAAAAUAAUCGUAAAGCUGUUCACCUCACAAUUUCAAAUCCAGGCCUACUUGCGCUCUCUCCGAGAGAUCGUUAAGCCAAAGGAAUAAGUUACAUAAUAUCAAAAUGUUACACUGACUUAUGCGCUCUUCGAAUUUUUUAUUUUAUACAAAAACAUCACUCGUCGGCUUCUUUUUCCUGUGUUUUAAAACAAAUUUUAUCACAUCAAAAAAUUGGGCUGAAAAGGGUCGAUGAUUCUUUGCAAAGAGACUGUUGUUAAGCGCUCAAUCAUGAAGGUCAUCUUUUAUUAAAAUGACCCAUACAGCCAAGGAAAACUUAUGUUCGUCGCUAUAGAUAUUACGCACAUCACAGGUAGACAAAAACAAUUUGACCUCUAAUUUCAUAAAGCAACUUCGUCAAUACUGGUUGACUGAAAACAAGUUAUAGAGUUGACGAGUUGAUCUGAUACGUUAGAAAAAGACGUGGAAUUUGCUCAAUCGUAGUCAGAAUGGUGCGAUCAAAGCAAAUAGAACAGCGACUUUAAUUAGCGAACUAUCUCGAAGAGAGAAAAGAUGCAAAACGGUUGUUCAAGCCCACAAAUUUCUUAUAAGUUUGGGUCGCAAAAAUGUGAAGAUGUUGAAUGUUAUUAAUUAUUUUUGUUUCAGUUUCAAAGCCGUACUAACGCCUAUACAACUAUCAUUUACAAAUAAAGAUUAAAAAAAAAAAUGACAAACUAUGAAAUAAACUAAAUUUAUCAAUCUUUUGAUAAUAAUGAAUGUUUAUAGUUCGCUGUUUCUUUUUUUUUUUUCCUAUUUAUGUCUUCAUAUAGUAGUUACAGGAAUGUAACUAGGUGUUUUACGCGAAAAUCAAAUGCCUUUUAUUUUAUUGAAAAUCCCUCAACGGUGCACAGGUUUAAUAAUUUGAAAAACAAAAUUUUGCUACCAAAGCAAUACCCAUGUUUUAAAUGGGUGUCUCAAUAGCCUUAUGCAAAGAUACCAGGGGCCCGUUUCUCGAAAGUCCCGAUAAUUAACGGGCCCGGUAAGCUGUUGCCGUUUACAUUAAACGUCGAGGUUUCAAUAGUUUUACAUCUACCGUGAUAAAACUAUCAGUUAAUGAAACAAAAUGGAGUAGUUUGCUAGCCAGGACCCGCGCUCUUAUUCUUUAAAUUUCGAUUUGAAUAUUUGUUUUCGGGCCCGAAAAGUUAGCGGGGCUUUCGAGAAACGGGCCCCUGCAGGGCCCAGUUGUUCGAACGCCGGUUAGCGCCAACCCGGGGUUAAAUUAAAUUUCAACCCGGGUUUCUUUAUCUUUUUAUCAAAAGCACUUUCUCGGAUAAUUUUCUCUAUUCUUUUUAGAGCAUCCAAUUAUCAAAUUGUAGGCAAAGAGAAUUAAACUGAAUUUGCUUUUUAAUCUCUCACAUUUGAGUUCAAAUUUCGCACUAACCCAGGGUUAUCGAUCUUAACCCAGCUUCGAACAAUCCGUCCCAGAAGGUUAUCGUAAUUAAUGAAUAUUUUAAAAUGUUAAACUUUUGAAAGUUCAUUUUAACCGAUAUUUUAUACUUAUACUAAGGGACUGUUAAGAUGGUCGAUGAUCCUAGCACAAAAUGCUUUCUGUAUCCAGUUUACACGCAAAGGGUUGUUCUUGUCCCUAGCGCGAGGAUCAUCCUAGUAAUAGCAUCAGAUCUUCCUAGCUGUCAGGCAGGAAGAUCUUAGUACUAGGAAGAUCCUAUCACCAUGUAAACUGCCUUCGCUAGGAAGAUCCUAGUACUAGAGACAAACCAGACAAAGAUGGCGGCGGGUCGUUAAGUGGGUAAUCACGGCAAUAAAUGUGGACGAUUUCAUAUGGCGUUACAUACCACGAGCUGAUAAUUGUGAUAAUUCUGUUGAAAGGUAGUUAGUAAAGAGAGCAUAAGGGUCUAAAUUGCAUUUUUACUAUCGCACUCACCAUCACCUAAUAAUUCCUCUUUUCCUUAGUAACCACACGGACCGAAAUUUGUGCAUGUAAACCCAAUUGAAAGUUGUUCCGCCUACUAGGAUUUUCAUGGUGGCAAGUGUAGGAUUCGAAUCGGGAUCAAUGGGGCAUUUCUGAGUUCCCUCUCACUCCCAAAAUGAGGCAAAGUAUAAAACCUUUGUUGUGAAAAUGCUUUAUUAUAUACAUGAGAAUAAAAAAUCAUUUUCAUAUCCAUGGCUUCGCACUUGGCCUCGCUUUGAAUUAGAGGCUUGACGCGACUCGGAAAUGGUCUAUUGAGGUUUCUGGGUAACUACCCACCUACCCCUUCCCUAAGUCAAUUAAUCCGAUCCUUCCUGCCUUCAUGUAACAGCCUCUGAUUUGGUUGUAUCUCUCCCAGGUAAUGGUGUAACUCCUUUGAUAGCACCACGUAAUGUUACAGUUACAAACAAGACAUCAACCGCACUACUGAUCAACUGGACACACGUGAACCACUCUGAGUUACUCGGCUAUAGAGUACGCUUUCAUCGCAACAUUACGUGUGAUAGUGCUGGAAACUACACGAACUGUAGCUGCUCCAUCUUCCUUUGCAAGAACUUCACCACCAUUUGGUUAGAGGAUCUGGAAAUUUAUACCGAUUACUGGAUCGAAGUGGUCGCGUUUAAAAAUGGCACCUUCAGCGAAACUGAUACCACUUUGGUGGCUAGAACAGAUGAAGGGGGUAAGUUAGACGGCUUUGCUUUGUUAAGUUCCACAACUUUGGGUCAAAGCUAAGCUUAAAUUACCACUAAGGCCUCAUCAACACGUAUCUAGACUUUUUUUGAAGACGGAUAGUUUUUUCUCAGUCAGUUUCGAAAAAACAAGCCUUCACACGUAGCGACCUCGAAUCGUUUUUGCCAGUCCAUACAAAAAGUUUAACACUACAAAUACGAUAUAGCAUUCGUUACAGGGUACAGGCUGUAUGACGUAUGACAUCAUCGCAUUCGAAAACCUUCGUUUUAGUACGACCACACGAAAAUAAGCGGGCGUUCACCCAAAAAAUCUCCGCUCUGGGGACCGUUUUCGAAAGCUUGCGUUUUUGGUGCCCGAAAACGCUAGUUAUGUGUGGACUGAAGGCUAAAACGGGAAAAAAUCCGUCUUCACAAAUAUCCGGAUAAGUGUGGAGGGCGCCUAAAUAUUCUCAGUCGGAAUUUUUUUUUCAUAAUUGCAACUCUAAUAAAGAGAUAGAGCGAUUUUCGUAUGACCUUGAAAACGGUUUUGGUAAGUGUUCUUUUCUUGUUGUGUCGAAAGAUCAAAACAUGGCCUCUUCGUUUCCCCGCCAAAGAAAACCCUACUAUGGAGAGGGCAUUGUUCUUUUGGCCAAUCGUGUUGCAGUAUGACUUCAAAGCGAAGUAUCGAUUGAUUUCUAGAAAGUUCGCGGGCAUGAAGUUUUUUCACCCGAGAGUUCGCUUAACCAACCAAAAAAGGAAAACAAAGUAUGAUCAAUUUUUGGUCAUUUUGGACAAUACAAGAGUUCGUAAAAGUAAGCCCAAUUUUUUUAGGUCAGAAUCCGUUUCCAUCCUAUCCAUCGGACAGACAUGCACUUACAAAUUAUAUUUGGGGAAUGCACUCAAGUCAAGUGUUUAUACAGUUUAUACUAAAGGUGAAUACAAAUUUAAUGCCAAAAAAAACGUGCAUUAAGAAAAGAGUUCAACUCCCACAGGAUUUUCUUGGUGCACCAACACCGCCGUUUCAUUGUUUUGGAACACCAAAAAAAUUGUUUUGGAACACCAGUGUUUUCACAUGACGUCACGGCAGCUAUAUUAGUGUCCCAAAACAAUGAAACGGCGGCCAUGUUGGUGUCCCAAACAAAUCCUGUGGGAAUUGAGUUCCUUUCUUAUGCAAACGCUUUCUUUUGUUCCAAUAAAUUUGCAUAGGGGCUGGCCACAUGAGUGAAAACACUCUAUAUGGCUGCCGUGACGUUAACUGAAAAUGCUCCGCAGUGUGUCUCAUGCUAAAAUUUGAAAUGCGAAUGGCCAUUAAUUUAGAUCUGGAUCUUGAUUCAUCAUGUUACAGUUGCCCUUUUGUGUGUGUUUUGCAGUAAUUCUUACCUUUGACGAUAACUCGAGGAACUGGACUUCAUUUCUAGCAAAUUCCAGUAACUGGCAAUUAGCCCGCGGCUGCACUGUAAUAGAGGGGACUAGGCUUUGUGAUGAUGGCUUUGGAGGAGGUACUCGUGAUUACACUAUAUAUUUCCAAUCUACAGGGAUCCAUAUUCGCAGUCGUCCGGUCGUCCCAGGCGACUACAAUCUCGCAAGGACGUUCAGACGUCGUGCUUCUGCCCGUGCCGAACUUAAUUGUAAUUCGGUUCGACUGUAGCACGGCAGGAAAACAACUUUGAUUCAGACGUCGUACCAGAGUCGAACCAAAUUCAGGAUUUACUGAUGCCUCGUAACAAUUCUCCUCUUAACUCCCCAUGGGAAUGCAAUCUCGCCAAAAUACAUUAAUAUAAUUUAUGAAUUUGGCUUAGCGCGGUAGAAGUACGACGUUUGAAUCGCUGCCAUGCCAGAGCCGUGUAGCGCGGCAGCACUUGUCGAACUUAAUUGCUUGCCGAACUUAAUUCAAAAGUUUGAUUCAGACGCCGUACUUCUGCCGUGCUUUUGUCGAACUUAAUUACUGAAUUUAGUUCGGCACGGCAGAAGCACGACGUCUGAACCGGGCCUUAGAUAGGCCCAAAAGUCGUCCUUCGGACGAGUGAGGUUUUAGUCAACCACAAGGUCUUUUCAAAAAUUCAUAUGUGCAGGAGUUUCAAUAAGCACCGACGGCCGACGAAACGCGUCGGCUACUUUGCUCGUAGAGGUCGACUACUUUUUUUUUCUAGUUUGAAUAACGUUGUAAACAAAAAAUAUAUCUUAAAAUCUGAGUGAAAACGUAAUUAUGAUGUGUUUUCCUAGAGGCCCACUGGUUUUACUUUAUGCUUUAGUCAUGUAAACGCGAUAUUUCAGUCAUUUUUUCACAAGUUUCUUUAUAGGUUUACGCAGAACAUGUUUAUGUGCAAAAGUAUGUAAUUAUGUUUUCAUUAUUUGUUCAUUGCUUGUAGGAAUUGAUUGUGUGACUGAUAAAUUGAAAGCUAAAUUUUCUUCAAUGUAAAACACGUUCUUUCGUCCUCAAAUUUAGUCCCCGGAACGCUGAAAAUCGCAUUUUAGGGCUUUGAAAUUUCAAAAUUUUCUGGGGCAGACCGCGCCCAUACCCCAGAAGAGACGUAACCUUCUUGUUUUCAUGGCAAACAGACAGAGAGACAAGUAGACAGUUUAAUAAACAAAUACUUGUAAAACGUGAAGAAACUGUGUUUAGACUUGGGCCGGUAUCUAUUGUACUUUGUACCCAAAUUGUAACCGGGCAAGUAUACCAUCAGGCUUACUUGCCCGGCUGACGACUCUGAUAAAAAAAUGAAUAUGGAUCCCUGAAGUAGGCAUCCAAAUUGCAAGUCCUUCACUCAAUAAUGGUGCAAAACAAUGAGUUUAAACUCGCACUACAGUCCCUUAAAAUAAUAACUUCUUCUCUGUGCUUAGCAUGUUCCGACCCUCUCGGGAUGGAGAGCAGAAAAAUAACUGAUGGCCAAAUCACAGCUUCAACCGAAUACGAGGCUGGAUACGGCGCCACUAAUGGCAGAUUCAAUUUCAAGGCUGGAGGAGGUAAGAGUGGCGCAUGGUCCGCCCUCAGAAAUGACGUUCAUCAGUGGCUACAAGUGGAUCUUGGAGCUAAAACCGAGGUGACAGGAAUACAGAUCCAGGGACGACAGGACUGUGAUCAAUGGGUUACGAGCUUUACUAUCUCCUACAGCAGCGACGGCACCACCUAUAGGCCUUAUCAGAACAGCAAGGUAUGUAAACCAAUGAAAAUCGUAGCAAGAUAAACUCAACCAAUUAACUAAUUCAAUUUCGACCCACUAAAACAUAAAAAUUUUUCAAGACCUCAGACCCACAUCAAAAACGUAGCAACUCUGUUAUGCUAGCUCCAAAAGUCUAUUACUAGUUUAACCUUAACAUUACAUUUUCUCGCUCCAGGUCUUUAAUGGAAACACGGAUCGCGACACCGUGGUUUUGAACGUUUUGCACCCUUCCAUAAAUGCACGCUACAUUCGGGUGCAUCCUAAGACGUGGCGUGACCAUAUUUCUAUGAGGAUGGAACUCUUGGGAUGUCCGUCAGGUGCUGACAAUCUUGUUCGUUUUCUUCUUAAUUAACAAACAAGUUCCACUUACUUUCACCUCAGCGGUAGACAAUUAACUAGCAUAGUCUUUCAACUGCAGUUCACUCCUCCUAUUAUUGCACAAUCACAGGCCCCAAUAAUUUGUUCUAGACUCAUGUAAUCAAUUUUAUAGAAUAAUACGUUGUGCCUUUAAACUCAGAAUCAUACUUACGGCAUACUUGGGCUGCGAAAAAUAAAAAGGAUCUACUUUAAAUCAAAUGCAAUUUUACAAACAUCGCUUUAGCGACAGUGAGUUUUAAAAGGACUUUGUUGCAAGUGGAACUUUUGCAACUAUUUUUCGUACAUUGUGCUGUGAAUGAUACACCAAGGGAAAAUGCAAGUAUUAUCUGUAGAUAUAGUCUUAUAACAACAUUUUAAAAACUGACAAUUCAAGUAGGAGGGAAACAGAAGUGAUGGAAAUUUCAAUUCUCGUACCUCAGUCCAGUCUCCUUCGAUUUUCGCUUUUUUCAUGACUUUUCUGAUCUCUGCUGGUUAGAGCAUGCUGCUAUUUUUCCUUCUUCCCUUAUUUCUCUGGUUCUACGGACCUCCCCGUCAGAUAUACGUCACUACAACAUGUAUUGGCGACAAGAUUACUUCAGACAUUUUAACCGUUCUCACGUGUUUCCUACUUAAUCUAUUUAAUAGUGAAAAAGCAAAUCAGACAAUGUUGUAUCGCAGUUUAAGAUACUUAUAGAUUCUUUGGCGGACGAAAUACCCUCUGAGGCAUGUUUCUUUCGUGUCACGCUGUGUUUUGGUCACAGCUAAGUUAUCACAUUUUGUUUUUCUUCCAGGGCGUGAUAUUUAUGUUUCCUGGAAGUCGACGCAAUAUGAUGAGCACGCCGAUCGACUUAUCAUCCCUCUGAAAAUAUCUUCAUCAUACACGUGUGUUAAAUUUUAUUAUCGCAUGUGGGGUGUGCAGAUUGGAAGGCUCAACGUCUAUUUCAGAGACCUUCACGAACAAGACAGGAUGUUGUGGAGGCUUUUUGGAGACCAGAAUAGCACUUGGAAGGAGGCUCGUAUCCCCGUUGAAAUUACUGAUCUGCAUUAUGAGGUAAAUCUGUUUCUUCAAGAUACAUUGUAUGGGUACGUGAAUGUUGUGUUCUCAAUUUUAUCCAUAGUUAAAUUUUGUUUCGUUUUUUAAGUGUGGUAUGAUAAUAAGUUUGAAUAAAGUUAAAAUAAAAAUGUGGCCAACAUCUUUAACUAUAACAUAACACCUACAAGUGUGAAUUUUUACGUAUUUGCUCAUAAGACUUGGAUCCUUGGGUUUCAUUGAUAGGAAAUCUGAGAGAAGCCAAGUAUAUUACCUUGUGAAGUGGCCAGUUCUUUUCUUCCUAUUUUUUCCAGCUACAGGCCAUAUUUGAGACGCUGAAAAAAAAGGUUUAACCGCUUAAACACGCUCUUUGCUAAGAUUAUCCAGAUGAAGAGAACAAAAACCGGUAUGAUAUAAAUUGCCGAAACCCUUGUGCACACAAGUUCAAUGAGUGUCUUAUGUGAUUAUUAUUUUUAGGUAUUUUUUGAAGCAAGGAAAGGUUAUGGUUACUAUGGCGAUAUUGCUAUUGACCAGAUUGCCUUCACUCAGGAAAGGUGCACUCUGGUUCCUUCACACGCCUCACCGGACAGCCCCGGAGUGGGUAAGGCCUGUACUCUUUGUGUUACUCAAAGAGGUCGUGAGGGUUGAUCAGUAGCCAAGAAGGGAAGAAUUGUUAACAAUUGUCAUAUUACACAGAAAGCAGUGCAGCGGUUUCAAGAGAAUUUGGUAAAAGGGUGGCGAUAACAACAACUUUGCACGUGCAGCACACUUUUUUGUACAUUUCUUUUCCGUCACUGCACAAGUAUGACGCAAAUUGCCUAAUUUUCACAAUAAUCGAGAACGUAGGGAAACGACGACACAUCUCUCUCUCUCUUCUUGAACCUGGAAAUUUUUUAGGGAUUCAACUCCGGGAGAGUUCGCCUACAUUUGAAAAAGUAAGCGAGUUGAGAUAACCGCCAUAAACGGUUUCAGUGAACGCGAAUUCACAUUUUAAGUUGUUGGUCAGGUGUUGUAACAUGUUUGAACGAGCAGUAUUACAUGCAUGUGGCGAAUGGUCUGUGUCGAAUGACUGUAAAGCGAUAUUGUCUUAUCAAUUUUUUAUCAUCGUUACUUUCCAACAGCAAUAACUUCUUCCAUUAUACAAAGGAACAGUGUUCAUCAUCAGCAUCUGAGUAGGAUGCUGAUUGAAGAAGGCUACGACACGUCAUUGUGGAUCCCAUGUUAUGUCGCCCUCCGUCAUGGCUGGAAUGUUUCCUCAUUUCAUGAACUCUGUGACAACAAGGCCCCCACCCUUACCAUUGUCAGAAAAGACAAUUACAUCUUUGGUGGAUUUACAGAGAAUAGCUGGGCAGGUAACUAUGGCCGUCGGCUUCACUUAAACCGUUUUCUUUACAUUAAACAGGUCCCUAUAGUGCGGCUGUUGGCUGCGAAUACAGCCGUCUUUCCUCACUCAUCGCUUCUAGAGAACUUUCGCUGGAGAGACGUCUGUGAUUCGGCCCCAAAACCUCCAUGAUGACGACUUAGAUUUGCCCUGAAUCUGGUCAACGAGCGCUGAUCAGCUAUUGUUGUCGAAUGACAGACAAAAGACGGAAGGUCACAAAGAUCUAACGCCACGAAUCUACUAAAAACAGUCAUUACUCUUCGGGUAAUUUCUUCUUUACAAGACGCACUUGAGUUUUGCUGCCGCUCGUUCACAGAAGAACUUAAAACUUAACGAUAAUGAAGCCCCCAUGACUAGCAGAUUAAUGAUCUAAGUCAUCGAUUCACGUCAUCAGCACGUAAUUUUGUGGGCCGAAUAGUAGACGUUUCUCCUGCGGAACGUCUUUAGCAACGAGGAGACAGGCCAAAAAAAAUAAUAAAAAUAAUGAUGUUCUUUUUUUUUUCCAGAUACUUCCAAGGGAUCCUAUGAAUUGUCUUUCGAACGACAAAACGUAGGCGAUUAUGCAACAGAACACUGGUCAUCUCUUGUAAGUACUCUCACUGCGGCAAUGUGGAUAAAGAACUCUGCCGCUACUAAGGUAACACUCUUUACAUUUGGUUCGACAACUGAUGCCAUGCUGCAGUUUAACGUGGAGGAUGCAACUAAUUCUAGUUAUGGAAUUUCAGCUGCAGUUUCAUAUUGGCAGGCAGAUGGUCCAAAGUGGGAGUAUGUGAAUUUUAUCAUAAAAAUAACCCUCCUUUUUGUAGUUCUUGAUCGAAACAGUUUCUCCAGGAAUAAUCCUAUUCGAGUUUAAAUACACGAUGAAACGAACAUUAUCUCGUAGUUAGUUUUGCUUGAGUCCUUCAAUAAGUCCUUUGUACGGUGUCGGUACCUGGUGACUACAAUUCAGUGGCGUUUGGUCUAAGUUAGUAAACCAGCUUUCUAACGUUACUGACGCAAAAUAUAAUGAAUCUGUCCUCAUAAGUCAGUGUCAGUUAGUCAGGAAAUUCCUUUCCUUUCUUUUUGUGUUUGGAACUGGUACCUCUUAGUGGCGACGAUUAAUUUGAUUCAAACUCACAAAAGAGAAUUCUAGUACCCAGUGGGAACGAACGUUACGCCUUCCUUCCUUCCUUCCUUCCUUCUUAGGUGUCAGGUUUUGGUCUAGUUUAAGAAUGGCUAUUUUCACUGACUUCUUUUCACAGCUAUAAAUUUCAUAUGGAUCAGAAUCCCUUAGAUGGCUCUUGGCAUCACCUCGCAAUUGUGUGGGAGUUAUUAGACAGAAAGUGCCAAAUGUACUUAGAUGGCAUAUUUGUUACAGAGUUUACCAAAACUGAUUGGUCUAAUCAAAGUAUUUCAGGAGAUCUUUUUAUUGGACAAAACCUUCAUCAAAGGAAGGGCUGGAGCACAACAGACUCGUUUAAGGGACGAAUGACCUCCUUUAACAUGUGGAAUUACAAGUUUUCGAAUGUAGAAAUUGCCUCGUUGGUUCAGAACUGUAGAUCAAGGCCGGGAAAUAUAUUUCAGUGGCACAAGAUUAUAGCCAGAGAAAAUUUACGCGGCGAAGUCAAACUACUACAGCCAUCAUCAUGUAUGUACGACUCCUUUGGAAUAUAGCUGCUAGUUCUGUUGUAAUGUGGAAUGUAAUGUCGCGCAUUAGAAAGUGAAUGUAAACAAACAUUGAAAAACACGCGCUAAGGGUAUGACAUCAUUAGUAAUGUCAUUAUCGCCGAUCAGCAUUUCGCGUCGACUUUUUCAAUGCAGAUUAUUCCAAUUCCAGAGACGUAGUUGCAAACUCUCUUUCCUUUUCCCGCCCUGCCGCCAGAGCGGCCCGGAGAGCUUGCUCGCAGGCUAGGAAAACACAGGAAAUGGCAUUUCCGAGACCCUAGGGCUUAGUCUCGAUACAUGCCCAGAGACUCCCCUAGUUUGUAGCACCUUCGGUAAUCUAACUUUUCUUCUUAAGCGUACAACUUCACUCUGCACUUCUGGUGACCCUUCUUCCCGGGAAAGGGUAUAGACAAUAUUGACGUCAAAAUAUUUUCACUCGAAAGCUUAAAAUACCCGCCUUUUUUUCUAAAAAGGUACCUUUUUUUAACUUUUCACCCGAUCGACUAGCAUUAACAAAAAAAGGUAACAAUUUUGCAUGUUGUUCUAUGAAAAAUAAAUGGUGAUAGUUAAUUUUUCUGCUCUUUUCAAGUAGAAGAGUUGAUCUUUUUCUAGAAAAAUAGAAUUGCCGGAACCUUUCACUGAUUGGUAUAAACCGAGCCUUAUAAUCUAUAAGAACUCUCCAGGUCCCAGGACCUGUCAUUUCUUAAGAAAGACCGUGGCAAAAGUGUUACUGAACUCUCUUUACUCCUAGGUCAAGUACGUUCAAGCUAUGAUGCUUAUUUCACGCGAGGAAACCCUGAUGAUCACAUCCAAGACAACUUAACAGAAAGCCUCUCAGAAUUCACGGUGUCGUUGUGGAUGAAGAGCACAAGUAAAAGCGGCAAGCCCAUAUUGUUCAGCCUUGGAAACGAAACAGUCUUCAUGAACUUCAAACUAGUUAACAAUGGACAAUAUCCGAAACUCUGUUUCAAGCUUUAUAGUGAUUCCAUUUGCGAGUAAGAAUACGUUCUUUUAAGCUCAAAGGCAUUGAUAAUUUAUGAAGAAAUUUUAUUUAGAGUGGGGGCAGAGUGAUCGAAUCAUUUAAAAGGCAUUUUUUUUAAAGGUAUAGAAACUGUCGCAACUGGCCUGCGCUUUGCCUUGCUUAUUGGCUUGUUUGUUUCGUUGUUUGUUUGCCUAUUUUUCUGUUUGUACCGUCCUACAGCAUGUCGUUGUUUGGAUAUUUUUUGAACAUUCCCUGAAAGAACGAAUAACUCAAUCUGUGAGAGGAAACAACCAGUGAUCAACCUCUAUAUGUAUAUUUUUACAUUUAAUGGCUACAACCUUUGCAAAUUGUUUUACAUUUUCGAGUUCUAACAUGCACGCUUUUCCUAAAUUCUUUAGGACACUAAGCGCCUCUUUAAGUGUAAUGGAUGGUUACUGGCAUCAAUUUACUGUCAGGUGGGAAAGUAGCGAGGGAGACUGGGCGAUUUACAAGGACGCCAUCUUGCAGGGAGAAGGAAAAGAGCCACUUUUUUCGAAUGGAACUAUCCCGCCUGGAACCUUACACAUAGGAAGUCGACCAUAUUCGUCGGACGUAACGUUUGCCUUUAUUGGACGAAUCACGUCGUUAAAUGUGUGGAAUUAUUAUCUUUCCGAUGCGGAGGUAGCUUCUAUUGAUCGAAACUGUGGACAAGGCCUAGGAAAUUUGUUUCAGUGGAUUAAUUUGAAGGAGAAAGUUGAUGGCCAGGUUAAAGUCUUGGAGCCGUCUUCAUGUAAGUAUGAGGUCACGUGACCACCUGAAAACUAUACCAGGAAUACUGUCACUUAAAAAAGUAAUUCAAAAUAUACUGAAUUAUGUUCAAGUUGUUCAUGUUCCACUUUUGCUUGUUUGAAUAAUGGGCUGAAGUGUGAAUUUUUAGUCUCGGAUUUCAAGUUCACGGGGAGCAAGGAAAACUCGCCUUUAAAUAAUUUGCGACUACACCUUCACCACCAAGCCUGGAACUGGGUAAUUUGAAGUUUAUAUUUGGCAGAAGAAAAGAAAAAUGUACCAAUCUAAAGACAUAAAAUUUGUAUUAACCUUUUUGUUGUUACUGUUCCGUUCUCCCUGUUUUUGUCGUCGCGCUUGUUAAAAACUCUUUUUUUUCCUGACACUCGAGAAGUUUUAGGUACAAAACUUUAAACUUUGCUUUCGACGCAGAAGAACGACAUGACAUGAUAUGCAACCGUCCAUGGGGAGAGAGCAUUAGAUGGUGUUUGAUAGAAGGCACUCCAUAAUCUUUGGUUAUCACUCGUUCAAAUCGGUUGCUUUUAGCAACAUUUUUUCUUUUUCAUUGGCGGUGAAACGGCUGAUGAUUUUGAUUUUGUUCUUGUUUUUUCUUUGCUUUGUUUAUUUUUUUCAAUGCCUAAUGUUUUUUUUCUUUUUAAUUGUGUUACUAAAUAACUGUUGAAAAAAUUUGCCUUCAUUAGUUUAAUAUCUUUUGUUUUUUUAGGUUCCUCGAGAAGUUACAAAAUGGAUAGCAAGGCGUUCAUCUUUUCUCUGAAUAACACCUCGCAAGGCUCCCUUUUCAAGAAGAAAGUCGCGCAAGGUUCAUCCUCUAAUGCAAUAUUUAUCUCUUCAUCCACCGGUCCCACCUUUGGUGAAGCUCCGUUUGAUUUUCAAAUAGGCGUCGACGGUAACAUGAAGGAAGGCACUAGUCACCAUUCCACAUCUUAUAGAGACAGUAACAGUGCUUUAGGCUCGGACCUGACAACAAUAUUGGCUGGGGAGUCGAAUUUCACUGUUAGUAACAUAGAAGUCUUGUUCAAGGCACCUGGAGGUAGGCCCGUGAACACAGUACAUAUACUCCGUUGUGCAUUUUAAGCGAUGGUGUUUGGAUCACACUUUGUCACUUUUUUUUGUACCCGGUGGGUACGGGAACAAAUGAGGUUCAUGCUUUAUUCGGUUAAUGCAGAGGAUUAUGGGAAGAUGUAGAUGAGAGCGUCGGGUUCUUUGUCUUCCCACGCUGCCUUGCGAGAUUCGCAAAUGCGAUCCCAAGCCAGCCCUCGAUCCUAUGAAAUUUUCACCUACAUGCCUGGGCGCAAGGCAGCAGAGUUGUGUUUCUCGUUAAUCUAUUUGAUAGGCCAAGAGAGGAGUCCCAGACAGAGGAGUCCCACAGGUCUUAAUUUUUGGCCCUCUUCUCUUUGUACACCCGCCUGUGACCAUUUAAAUUACGAAUAACAAGUACAAGAAUAAAAUAGACACCCGAUCCGUUUAAUUUGAUGCUGUUUAAUCUCAACAUUUGUUUUGUAUUUGGGCCUUGUUUUCCUUUGUAACAGAGUUUUUGGUAGACUACAACUGUUCUGUGGGACUCCUCUCGUUGCCGUUGCUAUCACGGUGACUUGGCUCCCUUUGCUGAUGCAACAUGCGUGCGUUAAUACGUUCUAAUAAGGGUGCGCAUAAAAGCGCGACCAUCCUUUUUCUGUUAUUUAUCGCAUUGCUUAUUUAUUAUUCGCAGGAUCUCUGUGUCAGCGGCCGUGUCCAUUCAAACACUACUGUGAUGAAGUUAGGGGCGGUUGUCGUUGUAGCGUGGAAAAUCAUGCUCCUCUACAAUGUCAGCUCUGUAAGUCGAUGAAAUCCGCUGAAAAUGGAUGCAUUUUUCUAGUUUAGUUCUGUGUCAUUGAUUGUUAAAUUUUUUCGCCUACACACCUAUUCGGUAACCUGAAAUCCGGCUCUAUUUUCGUUUGGCUCCGUAAAUGAAACACUACGUAAGAGAGAAUGUAUGGCAGCUGCUAAAAUUGCACCUUAUCUCAGGCUACUGUCACGGAAACCAUUUUGUGUACAAGAAGCUUAGUAAGGUUACCUGUUAUCGUUUCGAAAACAAAACAAUAGUCUGGGAAAUAGUCUGUUCCUAGGCCAAUUAAUGUUUUUCCACAGACUACAAGGACUAUCAUUUGUUUAGAUUCAGGGCUAGUCGCCAUGGCAACUCAAGUUCUUUCUUACAGUUAACCUAGGAAUAGAGCAAGCCUGCAUUUGGAGAACUCGACACUGUUUUUUAAGCUGAAUUCCUUGCAAUUCACAAUCGUACGUAAAACAUUAAUUUAUGAACAACUAAGGUGAGUCAACGAUAGUUGGUGUGUUGGUGUUUUCAUUGCAUUGAAUUGUAUUUAAUCUUUACUUUAGACAAAUUCUUCGAGGACUGUUCCCAUCUCUGGCCAUUGGAAUCGGUUGACAACGUCGAAGAUGUGAUAACGAAUACCUGGGGUCGAGCGAUUGGCGGUGUACAAAUUAAGAGUGGCCUUUUGACAGAUGGAGUUAGCGGCGAAAUUCAACUUCUAGAUCGCCCAGGUGUUUCGUGUGCAACAGUUAACAUUAACGCCUCUAAAACUUGCUCUGGUUUCACGGUGGCCUUGUGGCUCAAGUACUGGAACAGAGCAGAUGGCCAAAAACAAUUUCUUUUUAACUCUUUUGGUUCAUUUAUACUCUAUCAGGAGAGCAAUGACACCUUGAUUAUUCGCAUACAACGCUCAGCGACGUAUUGUCUCAAAGAAAUUAUCGUGCCUGCGAACAUCUGGUCAUAUCUUGUAAUUUCCUUCGACGCGACAGUUACUCCGCGUAUUCUUACAAUACACAAAAACGGAGAGAAACUGACGGAUUUCCUUAGAGACGAGGGGUGUACCAGCCUGGUUGCACCACAGUUUGUAUCAUCGUCUGUUUCCUUGGGAGCUGGAUUUGGUGUGUUCGCUAGGGCGACCUUUGCUGAAGUAGCCAUAUGGAACUUCGCGCUGUCUGAUAAAAAAAUCGCCGAAUUAUCCAUGAUUCACAUGAGUAAGUUUGCAAAUGCACAUUCCCCUUUUUGUCUGAAAACUUCUCAGUCGCACUGCGCAGAAGUCAUUGUCAGACUUAUAUUCAAUAUUUCGUUUUCUAAAUAAAUCACUGUUAAAGGAGCUUCGUUCUUCUGCGAACAUACAGUAUUCUGACGUUUACAGCAUUCUCUUUGUUGCGUUUCCCAUUUUGUUUGAAAACUUCUCACUCUCAGAAAUGACCAAAGCCAGAGUUGAGCUUCAACAUUUCAUUUUCUAAAUAACUGAGGAUGUAACAGUUCCGUACAGAUUACUGCUUAACAGGGUUCAAACUCCUCUGAACACACAAUCUUCUGAUGUUUAGAGCAUUCUGAUGCUGAAUCUGAUUCUGUUUAUUUUGGGCUUGUCUUAAAUGACGUCCUAUCUGUGUAUUCUUCAUUCGGUCAAACAAGCACGCGCUGAGAGUAUUUUCCUUUAUUUACAACCACAACAUACUGUUUCUGUGUGGUGUAAAGUAUUCUCUAUUUUUGCUUCAGAUAUGUUCCCGUUCAAGCUUCAUUGUAAGGUGCGGGUAGAGCAAUAUGGCUGGCAUGAUGAUCUUCUCAUUCCAGGAACGUCAAGACACAAUGUGCUUGCAAACGAUAUUAUCAGCAAUGUAAGUGGACUUAAGAUACGAACUGAAAGAUUUUUCCAUAAUGCUGUACUUCUCUUUGAAUGUCUGGAAGAAGUGAGUACUUGAGUAGUUGUCGGGUGGGUAUAAGCAUCGUGCCCCCUUGCCCCUCAGAACCCUGUUGAUUAAGAUUAGGUGCGAUUUUAAUGGGCGAAAUCGCGGAUAAAUCCGCCAAAGGCAGAGUGACGAUGAAACUCAGCGAGAGCACAAAAAAAUCCUGGGGACACACGGAAUGGGUGCAGAAAAUUUGUAUAGGUAAUAGCAUGAUUUGUAGUGAUAUUUGGCAUAAAUACCACGAGUGAUAUUUCGAAAUUGUUAUACGUAAUUUCAAUUUGAGACAAUUUUGAAAUAUCACGAGCGGUAUUUUUGCCAAAUAACAGGUACAAAUCAUGCUAUUAUUUGUUUAUACCACUACCCGCAAAAGGUUUGUAAUUUUCACAUGUAGGUAUUUCAAAUUAAGCUGAAAUACCACUGCUCUAAGCCAAUCAGAUUGCAGAAAUUUCUCAUGUAGUGGUAUAAUCACUGAAACUGCAUGUUCACACUAUGCCCGGACAGCUUAAAAUUCGCGCCGGUACGAAAACCGUACUGGAUUGGACUACUGUUCACACAUAAGAACGGUGAUUUUAACGCGAUUUCUGUAGCGAAGCUGCACCGCGUCGAUCUCUAAAGUGGACAGUUAUAUAUCGCGGGAUAGGUGUUCAUAGCAUACCGACAAGAAAAUUUAUCCGGCAUGAUGUGAACAUAGCCUUAUGCAUAAGCUGCUUGAUGCGAAGCGCGCGCGAGCGGAGCCCCUUGCUAAGAAAAUUUGUUGAUCUAUCCAUCCGUCAAAAUUUGGUUAUGACGAGAGCGUACGACCGAACGCUGACUGUACAGACUUUUGGGGGAGGGGAUGGGAGUCAAGAGUCAACUCGUCUUGGGAGGAGUGUGUUAUAGCUGAGGUGAAAUUUUGGAAUUUGGAACUUGUUUUUAAAAAGCAAGUAUAAUUUUUAAGAGAGGAAUAUACUACUAACCUUUUUUUAUUACAGAAACAGUGGGGCCGAGCAUACCUUUUAUCAUGCGUGUCUAUCUAUGUGAAAAUCAGGGGCGUAGCUAGCCCAUAGACCUGUAGGCCCGGGCCUACAAUUUUCUGUUUGAUCACUCUACAGCUUGUAAUAAAUUAUGCGUUGUUGGGGUGAGCAAAAAGCUUAAGAGGUCAAAGUGUUGGUGAGGUCAGUGCGUGUACUAGUCAUGCGUUCAAUUUUGGGGGGAAGGGGAAAUGAAAUUCAGCCAGGGCUAAACUAGUCGAAAAGCUGGCUAUGCCCCUAAAAAUAAUUUACAUUUUUAGAUCGAGGCAUCAUAGAGGAUUUUUUUUCUCGUAUUAUGAUAGGUGACAAGUUUUUAUACACCUUAUCCUGGCGUGAAUGUCUCUGUUGGUACGCCUACCUUUAGGUAAGUAAACGUGAUGUUCAUUCAACCUUCCUUUUCGUCGCAAAUCUUCUGUUUAUGAACAGCAGCUAAUAGCUUUUGUUGAUGUUUAUUGCCCUUUUUAAUUUUCCCUAAUAAAUUAUAACAUUUUGGCGGAUUUUUGUUGCUCUCUUUUUUCUCUUUUAAAUGGUGUGACGAGUUAUGAUAGUCCUUUUCAUCAAAUUUCAUUCAGUGAAAAAACAAAUUACAGCAACCUAUAGGCGAAUCCUUGGUGACGUCAAUGUUCAUUUUUGCUUAUUAGCAUAUAGGUUAACCCAUAGACGACGACGUCGCCGUAUGUACAAUUUAGGUUCAAAAGUUGAAAGAACUGGUUAAUUUGUUAGUACAAUUGUCAGCUCUUUGCAGUCAAUAACAAAGGAAAUAUAGGCAAUCAAAAGCUGCGAAAUUGCUGGGUGGCAAAAACGUUAAUGAGCUCAUACGUUCUUUGUAAAGUUUGGGGGUUUUUCUAAGAGAAUUUCUUCGAAACUACUCGGUAUAUCGGGCUCAAAUUUUCAGAGAUAACUGAAAUUGUUAAGCCCUUUCAAUAUUCAGAGAUUGUUUUAUGAGCUUCAUCAGAUAAUAGCAUGCAUAUGUUAAUGAGCAAAAAAUGUAAACAAGUAUUCGCCUAUAGCUUUAUAAAUCUCUCUCUUCUCUACGUUUUUGCUGUAUUUUUCAUAAUCAUAUGUUGUUGACCUUUCUUUUCUUUCUUUCUUAGUUUUGGAAGUGUGAUAGCAGGCUUCGACAUUGAAUACAAUGUAAAUAACUUCAGCCUUAUCGAAGAUCUGAAUAACACUGUUUCUAGAACAGGAUAUCUUUAUAACAUGCCUCUUCAGUUAAUUGAACUGACAGCACAAUUUGGUAAGGAACUCAGAUAUGAACUUAAACCAUUGUCUGACAGGCCUGACACGAAUAACCCUGGGGCCGGAGACUUCUCCCGCCUAGUAUAAGCUUGACCCCCACUACCCCCCCCCCCUCCCCACCCCACAAUAAUUUCAUAACAAAAAAAAGAAAAUGUAACAAAAUGAAUUUCCUAGCUGUUCAGUUCCUGGCUCAUUAAUUACAUACACCGGGCAACUUUAUUGAAAUUUGCUACGGUGACUCAACACGGUGACAAGGGAUGAAACAGGACUUACGUCCCAAUUGAUAUCAACCUGUCGAUUUUUCACCCAGCCCAUGAAAGGUUGUACCACACCACCGGGAUCUACGCCCCCUACUCGUUACAAACAGCGGGGAGGGUUCUCUAACGUCCCACAAGAAUCAGGCUAGUGAAAGAACUAUGAGACGGCGCCUAUGAUUUUUAGUCCUUAUCCAAGAAGACCAAAGAAUGUCUAACCAUUUGAAGAUGUCGCAACAAAGACAGCACUUUCUUCUCAGUUAUUUUAAGACCCUUAGUGUUAAUCCGGCCGGGGUUUGUACACGCGUCCUCCUGCACGGCAGACCGGCACUUAUCCAACUGAGCUAACCGGGCGGAUAAACUUCAAAACGGUCAAGUAUUAUUUUUUCUAAAGUGAUAGGGACCUUACGUUGCCCCGUUUGCCUUUACUCUUGCCGAUAAGCGAACAUGAAAAACGCGAAAGGGUAAUGCCUGUUCUCCAGGCUAGUAGUACCGUGACUCACAUCAUCGGUUCUAUUUUAUUUCAGUACCAGCUGAGCCUCCGCAAAAUCUUAGCGUUACCCGCGUGACUGAUACGGGUAUUGACAUCGCAUGGCAAGAUCCCAGGCUUUCUCCUACCCAGUGGGAGGUAUUCCAGGGCUUCAAGGUACUUAUCAAACCUGCGGGAGGUGCGGAGGUCAAUAUCAUCACUAUCAAUGCUCUUCAGAAUUUCGCCAGCAUAACAGAAUUAAAAUCACUGGGAACAUACGACAUAUCUGUCGCUGCUUACGCUAUUGCUGGAGUAGGGAAGGAGAGUGAAACCAUUACAGUCACCACUACCCUAGGUAAGGAAUAGUCCAAAGUGUCAAUCGCCUCUUCGCCCCUCCCCUCAACCCCCUUGGGUAGUGGGGUGAAGACACGGUUUUAGUUGUUUUUUUCUGGCAUAUUUGCAGUACCACGUUUUGUUGAGAUCUAGAAAUUUGCUACCAAGGUAACUUGACGUCACACUUCUCUCUAUAACGAGGUCGUGUAAACGGAGUGUUAGUAAAGCGGGAUUCCAUCUUCAUGUGCAAGGAACGUUUCUCUUACAUCAUGAACACGUUCUGCAACUCCAUGGAAAACUUGAUUUUACUAUUUAUCUGUAACGAGACACUUAGAUUAAUAAACAACCUUCCUUUUUCGCUGGUCACACGAAGGGUCUGCAUAGAGUUUGACAACGCAAGGGAGCCUGAGGAGAGCAGAUAUUUUUUGGAAAGACUGAAUGUUUUGUAGUUUAUAGAGCCCUAUAAAAGGGAAAUAACCUUUUGGAGUUGAUGAACAGCCGAUCAACGAUAUCAGCUGAGUAUCACAUGUUUGUCUCUCACAAAACGGUCUGUAAAGUGAAUUCCUCUUUAGGGUGGACAUCAGCGGUUAACCCUUUAAACCCUAAGAUCAAAAUUUGAAUUCUCAUUUGUUGCCCCUAUUCAUUUCCCACAGAAGUAGUGGGGAGAAGUUGAUAAAAUAUCAAGAAAAUUCAUUUUGUGUGAUCACGUCCGUAAUUCUCAUAAAAACUCUGUUUUACAAAGCAUUGACAUUACAAGGAGAAAUUUGAUGCUGAUCACUCUCAGGGCUUAAAGGGUUAACAAGUCUCUGCUGAGCAUCAACUGUUUGUCUGUUAUCAAACUCUUUACAAAGUGAACAGGUUGACCAGCCUCGUCCUCAAGCCAAUUCGCGCUAUCCUAGUGAGCGGAAGAGGCUUGGAACCAAACGCGAUAGUCGUUGGUGACGUCGUACCCGAAUUCGCCGAGGAUGACUGAGAACGAGGCUGAAGGUUGACCGGCCUCAGGUUACGUUUACUUGUCGUUCUGUUACUCUGUUUCCAACUAGUCAUGAACUCUCUCUUUUUUUAGAUGCCCCACCUACAAACGUUUCUGUAGUAAAUGUAACAACUUCUUGCGUGAGAAUCAAGUGGGACCCUUUUCCAGUGGAGCAGUUAGGUGGAGCGAUACGAGGUUACCAAGUGUCAUAUACAGUUGUUGGAAAAUCCAAUGCAACGCAUAUGACUUGCAACCUCACCAGUGAAGUCGAGAUCUGUAGUCUUCCCUCCUAUACCACGUACAAGUACUCCGUAAGACGAUAUUCACGAAAUAAAUUGGGAAAUUCAAGCGAAGUUCAAUACUUUACAACCCUGGAACAAGGUAAAAUUCAUUUCGCGGGAUUUCCACUGAAGUGGUAGAAAACAAGAAUAGCCGAAAUUUUUGCUCCACAUUUCUUAAAGAAAGAUGCUCCUUUUAAUUCAUGGUUGAUGAUUGUUAAUAUUAGCAGAUAGAAUAGAUACUUAUUUCUGCGAGUAGUAAAUGCUUUGCCUUUUAAAAUAUGAAGCUUUGGAGAGGGGGCUGGAGAAAGAUUAACGGAAAAUUGAUGGAAACACUGAGAAGCAGCGACCAGUCUGACUGGCAACUGUCAUAACGCCACUUUCUAUUUUUCCAUCUUUUUCUUUAAGGUCUGAUCAGGCCUGCAUGUAUUCGCAUUCACAGGUUGAUCGACAAAUAGUGAUAUGAACACCGACCUUUGGAAAUCUCUUAUAACCAAGAUUAAUUGGGAUCGAUUUUCUCCUACGUCUUUUCAAAAGAGUUUAUGCUCUAAGUAUACCUUACAGUAAGGGUAGCUAUUUCUAGGCCUUGUCUCCCGAACCUCUUUAAUCACUUUUCUCUUUGCUUUGUCCAUAGCACCCAGCUUCCCGCCAACCAACGUUAACUGCCAUAAUGCAAGCUCAACAAGUUUGGUAAUACUUUGGGAAACACCCUCCACGCAAGGAAUGAAUAACAGUUUCAUACGCGGUUAUAAGGUGCGUGUAAGGCCUCGUGAAAACAACUCAGAAGUGUGGAGAGAUAGUCUUGUGUGUAACAGCUCACUCAACACUACUAAGGAAGGACUGAGAAUUUUCACCGAGUACGAGAUUCAAGUGGCUGCGCUGAAUGGGGCAGGAAGGAGCAACUUUAGUGAAAGGAUCUCUUGCUUUACUGAUGCGGAGGGUGAGUAUAGAUAAAUGCACUUUUAUUUGAGUGUCAAUGUAUUUCGCACUAAAUUACUAAUUAGGGACGCUAUAUUAACCCGUUUUAAAAGUCCCAAUAGUGACCAACAUCAAUUUUCUGCCAAUGAUAUCCGUACAUUGUCAAGAGACUAGGUUAUGAGAAUUAAUAAAAUGAUCACGUAAGAGAAAAUGCUUUGAUAUUUUGUCAAAUUCUCUCAACUCAUUCUUUAAGGAAAUAUAUAAAGAUCAGUUUGGAGAAUUUGUAUGUGGAUAUUGGGGCUUAAAGGGUUAACGUCUCCUACUGAAGACGGGACCACCAUUUUAUGCGAUCAUCCGAGCCAAGUGGUUGAUAGAAUCUUAGUUGUUGUGGUUUUUUUUUUUUAUGAUGAUCUUAUCCGUGACUUCUCUUGAGCUCCUUACGUGGGCAAGUUCUAAUAUUUUCGUUUCGCCUUGUUUCAAAUUAUCGUUCUUCGAACUACCGUAAAAUUCCGAAAAUAAGCCCCUCCAAAUAUAAGCCCCCAAACCGGUAACGCAAAAACCCUCCGUUAAAUCGCCCCUCCAUGCAAAUAUAAGCCCUCCGGGGGCUUGUACUUGACAAUUGCCCUCAAAUACAAAGUAAAACAAAGCAAAACUAGGUAAAUUUCCUUCCAACUAUAAGGCUAGCCCAAUCGAUUUUGAAACGCAAAUUUCCCUCCAUAGAUAAGCCCCUCCGAAUAUAAGCCCCUCCAAAAAUACGCCCCUCAAAAAGGGCCUUUAACAAACAUAAGCCCGGGGGCUUACUUUCGGAAUUUUACGGUAUCUUCAAAGAUUUCAUCCUUUUCUGUUAUUUCUCCGUUUCAGUAUUGCUGUCAUCUUUAUUUAUUUGCUUCUUAAAAUAGUACAAAAAAGGCCUUUUUAUUUUUUCCCGUCAUUCGAUAUACUAUCUUUUUAAAAUACUAAUUAUUAAAAGGAAACAAUCAAGAAACAAUUCCAGCUGCAAAUAGCGACAUAAAAUCCAAAACGAGUGAAGUUAAACCAUUAACCCUAAACACUGCAUUAGGAUGUGUCUAAAAGAAAGCUUCAAACGUGAAUACGGAGGAUUAUAUUUGUAUUUGAACAGCAGAUUAUUGCUUUCAAGAAACCAGUAUCUUACACAUUGUUUUCGCUUAUGUGGCCAGCAUCUAUCCAAAUUUAUUUUCACAUUUACAUAAGAAAAGAGUUCAACUCCCACAUGGUUGGUUUGGUAACACGAACGUGGCCGCCGUUUCAUUGUUUUAGAACAACAAUAUAAUUUGAAGGAAGAAGAAUUCUAAGACCAGAAAGCUCAGAAAAAAUUCCAGCUCCGGGUGAGGAUCGAACUCACGACCCUCCGAGUUCUAGUUCGGGUGCUCUAACCACUAAGCUACUGGAGCCCUAUGGCGAGUAGGGUGGACAUGACUGCCGUGACGUCAUGUGAAAACCAUCCGUAUCACCUGAUUUCAUGAUCGUCGGACUAUGACUCUGGGAGGUUGCCUCGCCGCCAUUUUUAGCUAGAACUUUAUAGAGUGUUUUCACUCACGUGGCCAGCCUCUAUGCACAUUUAUUGGAACAAAAGAAAGUGUUUGCAUAAGAAAAGAGUUCAACUCCCACAGGAUUGGUUUUGGACACCAACAUGGCCGCCAUUUCAUUGUUUUGGGACACCAAUAUGGCCGUCGUGACGUCAGGUGAAAACACUCUACUGAACGGGAUGGUUUGUUUACUUUUUAGUUUGUUGUUUAUUGUUUACUCUUUUUAGUCCCUCAAAGUGGCCCCUUAAAUGUCACCGUUUACAACUUGAGCUCGACAAGCAUACACAUCCAGUGGAGCCCAGUGCCCGAACCGCUGCGCCUGGGGAAUAUUAUCCACUAUGUAUUCAAUAUAACAGAAGUGCUUACAGGGUACACAAGAGUGCUGAUAUUCGAUGGAGAUGUGCUGAAUGCUACGGUGGGCAAUUUGUCAAAAUACACUGAACACGCGGUCAUGGGGGCAGCAGUCAACAGCAAGGGCCAAUCAAACUUCACCUCUGCCACCAUGAUUCGCACGAAUGAAGAUGGUAAGUAUAUAAGGCUGAACACCUGCCGUAAAUCCUCUAUUAAGCCCCCCCUCUCAAAUAAGCCCCCUUCCUCUAAUAGGCCCCCCCUUUUCAGGGGAAGAAUAUUAAUAAGCCCCUCCCCUCCCUUAAUUAUUCUUCACUGGUAAAUGAUAGACUAUAAAUCAAUCACGACUUUUUAACCUCGUGUGGACUGAUCCGGGAUGGUUUAUUUAUCAACUGAAAGUUCUGAUUUGUUUUGGCUGCAUGACCUCCAACCUUCUUGUACGUGGGCUUAUCCACUUUGUAUUCUAGUUCUUUGUGGAGAACUGAUACCAUCGUCUUUUCUAAAUUAAAUUAGCCCUCCCUCUUAAAUAAGCCCCCCGUUUCUAUUAAAGCCCCCCCCCCGCCCCAAAUGGGCGUGAAAUAAUUAAGCCCCCCCCCCCCCACCCCGGGGCUUAAUAGAGGAUUUACGGUAAGUCUUCUACUGUAAAUUGCUUUUUUGACCCUCAAAGCCUCAAGGGUCACCAACAUCAACUUUUUCCCAACAAUAUCACUGCGCAAUUAUGAGAGAAGUGAUCACCAAAACAAAAUGCUUUGAUCGUUUAUUCACAAUUUUACCAAUUCUGUAAGGAAAUGUAUGGAGAUCAGUCUCCAGAAAUUGUUUGGGGAUAAUGUGUACAGUAUCCAAAACAGGAACUACAUUACCACGUCUCUAUCAUAUUUCUUCCUUUCCCUUUCUUAACAGGGCUGUUUAACUAAAUGAAAUAAGCACCCCGCCAAACUUGGUUCCUACAAGGUACCUUAGACCUGUGAAACCCAAUGGCGUCUUACACUGUUCACUUACGACAAAGCAGAACGAGUGCUUUAGAUGGCGACAUAAAAGCACUGCGAUUUAUUGGGCUAUAGGUUUAACCCUCUGUGUCAAUCGCAAUGCCAUGUAGUUAAAGCCUGGGGCAGUGUGUAUUGUACCUUUGCAUUGUUUCCUUCGGCCACUUAUCGUGGUUUUUUUGCGUUCUUAGCUUAUUCGUACCAUAUAUUUUACAAAAGUCUUUGCAUAAUUGGAAUAAAUUUGAACUCACACAGCCCCAGAUAUUGCUCCUGCAAACCUGACCGCGUACAACACAAGCUCCACAUCGAUCAUGGUUGAAUUUCAGGCCUCUUCCCCGGCAAAACUAAAUGGCAUUAUCCGAAAACUCUGCUUUACCUACUCAAAAGCUGCCGAUGCAAAUACAGCUGUUCGGACGUGCGCCGCUCACCGGCAGCACAGCAGACGACGAAGAUCAGCGCCAGCAAACAGCAGCGUUUUCAAGUCCGAAUUGACCGGUUUGGAUGAAUACACCAUGUUUUCUAUACAGGUGUCGUUUUACACAGUGGAUUUAGGUCCUUAUAGUGAAGUGGUCAACGUCUCUACGGAUGAAGGAGGUAGGGUUUUACUUAUGAUUGCUGUUGAAAUAAAUAAAUAAAUAUAUAAAUACGUUCAGUGUGGGUAUAGAAGGAAAACGGGACCCGGAUCUAAUAUCCAAAGCUUGCCUAAGCUAAGAUGUUUCCCAAGGUUAAUAAUAGGCUGAUUUAGCAACAGAACGGAAACGUCAAUUGACGGCAGGAAUGAGCGCGGAAAUCACUGAACUCGACUUCCGGUGCCCAAUUUGCCGCUCUGCCAUUGGUCAAGCCAGUUGUUUGAUUUGCGCGCGCCGUCGUCAAUAGUACUUACGAGAUAUCUUAGGACGGUUGUCCUUAAUACAAGUUUCUGGGAUAGUGGCAGAGCUAUAAAUUGUCCUUUUAUAUGGGCGAAUCCUCGAGCGGUCAAGGUGAAUUGAAUCCUGUGUUCUGAUUGGCUACUUGCCCAUCUUGCCCGCCUGAGAUUUUCCGAGAAGGUCCCGCAGGAAGAAGUUUUCUUUUUGUCUGUGUAAUAAUAUCCUUUAUUCACCAAGCUUGUUCGUUGAAGGUGGCUGGAAAUUCUCCCCGCUUUUUUUUGCCUUUUUAUUGACCUCAACUUCGUCUCAGGCAAUAUCAAACCAUCUUGACUUCACGCGUAGUCAAUAACGCAUAUUUGUUGUAUACAGGGUCAGCAUUUCCAACUUGUUUGCCUCACGGGUGAGCUCACGAUACACUUUACUGAGCAGCUGUUAAUUUGUUUGUUUGUUUGUUUGUUUGUUUUUUUUUUCGCCCACUUUCACAUAUAUUUUUAGUGCCCAGGGCUCCUCCGUUUCAAGUGACCGCGUUCAACAGCAGCGCCACAAGCAUCCUGGUGACGUGGCAAAGCAUAUCCCAGUCUACGAUACCUGGUAUCUUACUCGGAUAUGUCGUGCGCUACAUAAAAGCGAAUGAUCCAGACGUCCUGAACUUCACAGAAAUAAAACACGACUUGAAUACGUAUAGAAAUAUCACAAAUCUAGAGCCGUAUACCUUGUAUAAUAUAUCCGUGGCGGGAUAUACACGCACUGGGGCAGGAAAUUUUAGUGAAACACAGAGUUGGACAGAUGAGGGAGGUAAGAGUCAAUCCAUUUCAUUGACACUUGAUUACCAGCUGCCAGGACUUGGUCAAUAUUUCUCAAACUCAUUAAUGAUUCAUAAAGAAAACACAAAAGAAAAUAAUGUUUAAUGACUGUUUGGAAAUCAGAUGAGAAACUGCUCAUUUUUUGCAUCCUUAAUUUCUCCUUCUAAAAUCAUUUUGUUUGAGAAGUAAUAUCAAGCAUUUGACACAGUGUUUCAUCACCAGAUGAAACACCUCGAAGUUCGUCAAAUAUACUCCGCUGCGCGUCGUAUUUUCAACUCUCUUCUCAGUGUUUCAUCUGGCGAUGAGACACUGCGUCUCAUGCUUGAUAUAUUUCGUACUUUAUAUUUGACUUGGUCAUUUAGCAUUCUAACAUUACUGUACAUUCAACAGUUGCCUUGUAGUAACCUUUAUAAAGACACUCUUUGAUGACAAUCUUAAUUCGUGCAACUUACGAGCAAACAUUUUUAGUCACACAUAGCCAUCUUUAACUUAAUAAAACAACAGAGUGAUAGGCAAGCAGACUAAAGGCCUGACUAACGCAGAGAAAUUAUGAAAUUUCUGGUUUCUCCCAAACCGCACAACCAAACGUUUUGUGGAAAUGACUCUCUGUCACUUUGACUUGAUGACCCUCUUUUUAACUUUUCAAAUGAACUGUUUGUCCUACUGCCCAAAUGGCUGUCUGUUCCAACUUCGCUAUCACUGUCGAUCUGAAUUAAUAGGGAGCUUUGCCUUAACCAACAACGACGGCAAUGGCUACGAAAACGACACUUAAAGAGCGAAGUCGCGCUGCUUGAAACUUUAUCUCGCUUAUUCCAUCUCGUUCAAUUUGUCAUAUGCUAACAAUAUUUCUGGAGACUGCAUCGAAGUUCAGGAAAAAAAAAUUAAGUAGUUGUGUUGUGUUCACGUCUUCAAAAAAACGUGAAAUUAGGAAGUUUCACGUCGUAGUCUUGCUGCAACAGCCAAGAAAUGUACAAAAAAGGUCGUCGUUUUGCUCAUCUAAACCUAUUCCUUUUUAGCCGUUUUCGUUGCCGUCGCCGUCGUCGUUGCUUAAGCUCCCCAAUGACUCCAUCUCAAAGACUAAAUGACUGUCUGUCUUAUUGACCUACUGGCUGUUCGUGGCCACUAACAAAAGAUUGUCAGGACUUACUAAAUGAUGUCUGUACCAGAUAGUGUGAUAGAUAAGACACAGACCCAAUGACCCAAUGUUACGAGGUACAAGUUUUACCCACUAUACUACUCGGCCCGGUUGUUCAAAAGUUGGAUAGCGCUAUCCACCGGAGAAAUCACUAUCCAGCCGAUAAGUAUUACGUAAACCAAUUGCGUUAUCCACUGGAUAGUCAUUUAUCCAGUGGAUAGAGCUAUCCACCUUUCGAACAACUGGGGCCUGAUACUUAUGUUUGUUUCACAAUAGUCCCCGACGGACCUCCGAUCAACGUGACCGGGACUUCCUUCAGCACCACGAGCAUAAACCUCGAUUGGCUUCCAGUAUCGGAAGAACUUCGGAAUGGUAUCAUUCGGAAAUACGAGGCUUUUAUCUACGGUGCCUAUGGCUACAACGAGCAAAUGACCGUUCAAGCUCCUACUCGCACAGCGGUCUUUGAGGGGCUUGUAAUUUUUUCUAACUACUCUCUUAAAGUGCGCGCCUUUACCAGAAAAGGACCUGGCCCUUGGAGCUCAUUGAUAAAUACAACCACAAGUGCUGGAGGUAUGUUUCUUGUGACUUCAUGUUUAAAUUUCUGUCGGCCCGCAGUCCUAUAUACCUUGGCCCAGUUAUUCGAAGGCAAAUUCAGGAUUCUUGUUUCUCUUGUUUAGAAACGCUUUUUUUUCGGCCCAAGUAAGGGAAUCUGGAAUCCUGGACUUUGGAUUCCGGAUUCCACUAACGAUUGGAAUCCAGUUCCACUGAUAAAGAACACUGAAUCUAUUGCCUGGGCAUCUCGACGUGUGCAAACAUCAAACUGUAGGCAAAGAGAAUUUCCACAAAUUUGCUUGGAAAGUUUUCAGAUUCAAGUUUAAAUUUCGUGAUUUUCCUCGGGUUAUCUUCACUCUGCCUAGAACCGCUCGGCUCUUGUUUUCUCGCUCAGUUUGUGCAGAGCGAGAUUGCAUUCUUUUUAAAUUGCCCGUGUCCAUGCUUGAUGCAUUUGCUAUUUCAAGAAUGAAGGACGUAAAAAAUGAAGAGGAUUUAACAUACCGUAAAUCCUCUAUUAAGCCCCCCAGAGGGCUUAUUUACUUCAAGCCCAUUUGAGGGGGGUUAAUAGAGACGGGAGGCGUAUUUAAUUUAGAAAAGACGGUGGUGUCAGUUCUCCAUAAAGAACUAGAAUACAAAGUGGAGGAGCUCAAGAACAAGAAGGUUGGAGGUCAUGCAGCCGAUUACCAGAAUCAAAUUCGAACUUCCAGUUGGUAAAUAAACCAUCCCGGAUCAUUCCACACGAAGUUUUACAGCCUGAUUGAUUAAUACAGUCUCUCAUUUAUUAGUGAAGAAUAAUUAGGGGAAGGGAGGGGGGCCUUAUAAAAGGGGGGCUUAUAAACUUUCUUCCCCUGAAAAGGGCGGGGACUUAUUAGGGGGAGCGGGCUUAUUUGAGAGGGGGGCUUAAUGGAGAAUUUACGGUAAGUUCUAACAGGCAAUUUUUCAUAAGUACCGAGAAAGGACUUUCAAAUCCCAGUUGGGUUCCCUGUAAGAAUUUUGCGUUGGUAAGAGACUGGAAACCUGUGAUGGUUAAGAACUCAGCGCAAAAAGCAGUCUGGAAGCUGAGCUGAGCUUCACGCCCUGACAUUUCCCUGAGGAUGUUUGAAGGAGUUAAUGGGUAGGAAAGACAGCGAGGAGGACUUGAAUUGGAGUACCCACCAUAUUAAAAUUGUUUAUUACUUUAUCUGGUGAAUUGACUGAUCAAUGUGGUGAUUUAUCUUUUAUUUCUAGCCCCUGAUAAAACUCCGGUGAACGCUACUGCUCAAGCCACAAGCGCCACGAUGAUUCACGUGACCUGGAGCCCAGUCUCUUUGCAAGAUGAGCCAUUUCUUCAAGGGUACCGCAUUAAAUAUUACCGUGUCGAUCAACCUGAUCUUGUCAGCAACUUUGGAGCUGGUAAAAAUGACAUCCAAACACUUUUAACUGGUUUAAAGCCAUUUACAACUUACGCUGUAAGAAUUGCGGCAUUUGCUACUGAAGACGGAAACUUCACCGAUCCUUUGUAUGUGAAAACAUGGGAAUGGGGUAAGAGAAAGAGAUUCAAAAUUUUAUUAUGCAUGUCAGUGAUUUACAACAAUCACAUAAGCUCAAGAGGAGUUACGAUAUGCCCCACAGGGACUGGAGGUGGAUCGCUACAACGAUUGUGCGUUCCUUGGUCGUUUCAAACAGGAAUAUGGGUUAUUCUUUGCCUCCUUUGACCUCUUUACUGCCAAAGGUGGCCAAAGUCAAAAUUUAAAUGUCAUUUCGUAAGAUGCUGAAAAGCAAAUAGUACCAAUUGAAAGAACUGCCUCUUGAAGAGGUUUCAGUUUGCAUAUCACAUAAAUCAGUGUAUUUCUGGGCGACUUGGUUGGACAUGUGUCCUGUCUGAAGAGAUGAUUUCUUUGUCGUCCUGCAGUAGCGCUGUGAUCAGAAAUCAGAACAGAUUUGAGGAAGAUCUAACCUGGUUUUAGAAGAUCUUGGUUCCAUCCUCUUUUCGAAUGAUCUACCUUCUAUCCGGGGGGAGUACUUACGUAUAAAUGGCUAAGGGGGAUGUGCCACUGGAUGGGGUCUUGUAAGUUAGUCCAAGUACCCCCCGGGCCUUCUACCAACUUAUUUAAUGGACCGGUGUUUUGUUGUUGCAGUUCCAACAGCUCCUCCUUCCAAACUCGGUAUCGUCAUCCUUGAUUCUCAGCGCCUACUGAUUCAUUGGGAUGAAGUGCCCCCGGACCACCGAAAUGGCAUCAUUCAAGGAUACGCACUAAAGUAUUCAUCUUUGACGAAUGGCACCAGCGCUGUGAUCACUCUGGGAGAAUAUGACUUUUCUUUUAAGCUAAAGUCGCUUCACAAGGCCUCCGUUUAUGAGAUUCGUGUUUGGGCUUUCACGCGCGUUGGACCUGGUAAUUUUGCCUCGCAGACUGUUAUGACGGAAGAGGACGGUAAGAGGAAUGCUUCUCUUCAUCAGGGGUCGUUUCCAUCGCCUGGUCUGAAACCGAGAGGGGCUGGGUACGAGUCCGUUUAUUAUGGGAUAAACAACACGAGACCCAUGUAGUCAGUAAGAGCACAUUGAAAUUAGCAACAUUCUCAUGUUUGGUGUUUAUCAGGCCUAUAUUAAACGAGAUACAGCCAUCCAAAAACUCCAAAAUUUUCCAAGAAAUAUGUAGACGUCGGACGGUGUUUCCCGCAAUUCAUACAUCUCUUAUAAAUUUUCAAGGUUUUGAAUCGCUUUGUCCUGUUCAAAAAUGGCCCGAUCGACACCAAACUUCAUAUUUUUCGUAACUUCAAUGUGCUUUUUCUGACUAUGGGGGUCUCGUCUUAUUUAGCCCAUAAUAAACCGACUCGUUCCCAACCCCUCUCGGUUUGAAACUAGACAAUGUUGCCUGCGUUCUCAUGUAGAUCGUGCUCAACUAUACUGGGGUGGUAGGGUAGAUCAAGGAGCGUGGUCUAUGAUACUACAAACCAAGCGUUGUAAAAAUGUGCGUGAUGGCAUUAAACCCUAAAAAACGUAUAAACGCGUUGUUAAACCUGCUUUCAAAAUUGCUGAAUUUCACUUCAUAAACCGUGCUGACUAUCCAUUGUUUCUUUCACAGUUCCCAGUCAACCACCACCCAACAUUGAAGCUCAAAAUCACACCAGUUUAACAACAAUACCCAUUUCCUGGGAACCAGUUCCCACUGAAUUCCUUCACGGCUUUUUAGCCGGGUAUCGAGUGACAUACCAAGCCGUAAAAAUUGGCGACUUAACAGCGGAAGGCGAUCUUAUCAGUGAAGAUGUUGGACGAUUAAUUACUUCUAUAACGUUACAAAACCUCGAACCUCUUGCGGUUUAUAAGAUAACUGUGGCCGCGAGAACUAACAAGGGACCUGGGCCCGAGGGUGUCACGUUUGGAGGUGAGUCAUGCGCCGAUCAAGAGAUCAUUUUACAGUUGUCGACUUAGUACCCUAGCCUUCGAGUGAAUGUGAGGCUGACGGUGACCUUGUUUGGAUACAAACCUCCUUUACUUUGUUAUGGAAAUGGUCCUUGAAAAAUAUUAGUUAGCAUAAAAAUAACUUGAUUUACAUAAUAAAGCAGGAAGGUUUGUACCAAAACGAGGUCACCGUCAGCCUCGUUUCUAUCGUUAACUGUAAAAUAGCCUAUUUGAAAUUUCAAUAUUCCCCGGGCAAACCACGACUCCGCGUGACUUUUCGCGUCUCCUCCCAUAUAAAGACUUUGGACGCAGGCUACAGUUUUUUAUGCACCACGAAUCAUCAGGUUGAACGUCAAGUGCGCCAACUACCGCACGAUGUCUUUAGCUAUAGAUGAGAAAACCUUUCCAUCUGACAUUCAAGCGUUCCAUCAGAGGUGUAGAACUCUUAAUUACUUAUAGAUUAUGUUACUAUACUUAGCGGUGGCAACAACAUUGCCUGCCACAAGUUUCCGUCCCAUAUCCAGUUCGAAGGACCAUUUUCAGUUAUCUUUUCCGAAUAGAGCAUUAUUCUGCAACACUUUCCCUUAACACCCUUGGUCAGGAUGGUCACCUCAACGGACCAACACAGUGUCUUACCAUCAGCUUAACAAACAAACUUUUAUCUGUUUUACAGAGACAUGCCGAUGUCGUUCGCAUUUGACAACAAACUGGAGAAAUUAUCCCCCUUACGUGAACUUGAACUUCGGAAACCUCACGUCUGGUUAUUCUUCUGGUUUAAUAAUCCCGAAGCUGUUGACCCACGUCGUGGAUCAGUGCUGUGGGAGGUGUCAGGAACAUAACAGGUAAUCGGGUUUUAUUUUGUUGAUGAUUUUAAUGCCUAAUAAAAAUUAAAGGGCUCUGGAACCUCUUCACCCGGGGGGAACUCCGCAUAUGAAAGGGCUGGGGAUGCUCGUCGGAAAUUUUGAAUUAAACCCCUAAAGGAGACCGAUCUGGGCGUGGCCCAAGCUUUCUUGACCCCUAAAAGAGACCAUGUUAAAACACAGACAAUACAUAUAUUUGUAUAUUUUUUCACGUGCAACCCUAAACAAGACCUUCACGGCUAAAUAUGAUGGCGUUUUGCCCAAAAUACCCUAAGUGAGACCAAAUUCCGAGAUUUACACCCCUAAGCGAGACGAUGAGCAUCCCCACCCCUUUCAUAUGCGGAGUCCACCCCCCGGGCCUCUUCUCAUGCAGACUUUUGUAUUGUAGAAAGCUUAAUAGGCCAUUUCCAGCUUCCUGUAGAAAACUGACUAAUCUGUAGGUUGCGCGCCCGCCAAUGUACGAUUUCCUGGAUCAGCGUCAAACUGUGUUCCGUGUGACGGUGUGUUUGUCACGAUUUCCUUUAAAACAAUGUCUGAUGAGACAAUUAUUAGAUUCAAUUUUUGUGAUAUCCGAAAUAAUCAAGGUCUCGGUAAGUGUUAUCACCUGAGGCCGAUAAUAUUGCUCCCAACGAAAAGCCUAAAACAUUUAUUUAAUCUAUCUGUACCGCGUUAUUCAUUUUUACAUCACACUUCGCAGGUUAGGUUGGUUAGGUCUGGGAUGGGAUCAUGUAUCUUUCGGGGGGUGUCGAUCGAUGUAUCGACCGAUAUCUCGAUCGACAUAUCGGUCGCUAUGUCGGUCGAGUGUCGACAGAGUAUCGGCCGAGUGUCGGUCAAGAGUUGGUCGAGUAUCGGUCGAGAGCCUGUCGAGUCUCGACCGCUUUGUUGGCGACACGCGGCCGCUACAGUCUAUCGGUCGAUACUCGGUCGAUAGUUGGUCGAUUGUCGGCCGAUACUUUGCCGACGGAUCAUGUAUCUUCACCGGCGAGUCUUUUCUCAGCAGGAUUCCCUAAGCAUUAAUCUUUACAGCAGUUAGCAAAACUAUGCAAUCGCUUCUGUCUGAGAUGUUGAUGUGUUAAAAAAAAAACUCUUUAAAGGAUUUGAAUGGGAAUUAUUACACCAGGAAGGAAAUUAACGUGUAAUUAUAUCAUUUAAAUCAACAGAUCAAGGCUAGAUUUCAGGCUUAACGGAAAUAACCAGGCAGCCCAGCAGACAACCAUCGAGCAAUUUAGAAAAAAUAUUGACAGCCAGACGGACUUCUCAUUCCCUGUUAUAGGGUACAAGUUACAAGACAGUUACAAGGGAGGUCUGGGUUAUUCGCCUUUUGUGGAAUCAGCGGGCGUGGUGUUUAUCGUGUAUACAGACAAUUCUAAUGUAAAAGAUACCAUGGUUUCGGCUCUUUUUGCUUGCUGGCCUAUUGUGCUGAUACCCUUCAUCAUGGCUUAUAUUGCUGGUUUCUGCAUUUGGGUACUGGUACGUGCCUUCAUGUUUUUAUCUGUGUGCAAAUUGUGAUAAACAAAGCCCUAAAAUUGCAUAACUUUUUAAACAAAUAUUCUUUAAGUGGCCUCAAGUUACCGCUACUAAAGGUCCCACAGUCGAAAGUUUCCACAAAGUCCAUCAUAGUGAUUGAGGUACCUAGCUGUUGUUGGUGGUGGGCGUUUGUUUCGCAUUGUACAGGCGUUUAAAAAAUAUUGAAUGUAGGUAUCUGUCGGGGUAAUGACCAGUGGUCGUUGUAAACCAUGUGGCCUUUGUUAGCGAUUCGGCUGUGCUGCAAUAAUCAAUCUCAUCGUAUCGUCCUCGACAACUUAUUAAACCCCAAACGCUAGUAACGUCGUCAGUAGCGGUCUACUCUCUGAUCUUGCAUUGCUAUUAUUCGUUCCAAAACACUCCUCAUAACAAAUUUAGCAAGUCAACUUACUUAUGCUCUAACAAAGACAGCUCAUCCGUCUAAGAAAUUUCAUUAUUUCCUUUGUUUGUUUGUUUGUUUGUUUUUUUCUUUCUUCAUUUAUGUAUUUAUUCAUUUAUUCAUUCAUUCAUAUAUCUAUUUAUUCAUUUAUUCAUUUAUUGACAGGACUCACAAUCAAACACCGAACACUUUCCAGGGUCAUUUCUCCGUGGAACUUGGGAAGGACUCUGGUGGGCCUAUGUUUCCAUGACAACACUAGGGUAAGCCUUUUAUUGUUUUUUUUAUGCGUGACACACUGAUAUGAUUUUAUAUCUUACCCCAUAAAAACUUUACUUACUUUCUUUGAAGACUACGAACGCUUUGGCAUGAAACUAUCAAUCUAACUUUCAACUACCAAUCAAAUAUCAUAAACAUGAUGCCUAAAAAUGUUCUUUGUGCUUAUAGCUACGGUGACCGCUGCCCAGCAGGUAACAUUGGGCGCGCUUUCGCCACUGUCUGGGUACUCAUAGGACUCGUAGUGGUCUCGCUGAUGACGGGUGCACUAACAACAGCAUUGACCUCGAUCACAGAGACUUCUGGGGUUCAGAUAUAUGGAUCUAAGGUAAAGAUAACGGGCCGAAUCACAGUUUCGGUGGUGCCUUAUCACAGUUAACAGUCAUUAUUCCACGAGUGAGCGUUGGAUAUGAGUUGGCUAUAAUCAUCUCAUAUCCAACAACCGUGAGUGGAAUAAUUGUUUUAUUAAAAAUGCCCACAAAAUAUUGAGAAUUCUUCCCCACUUUAUUUGUAAAAACAACCGAUUUUUAGCUUGUUUUUAAUUUUGAGCAGACGCGUAAAGUUACCAUAUUUGCACAGCAUGGUAUAAUGGCUCAUAUACCAUGAUGGCUAAGCCAAUCAGAGCUCUAGAAUUGUAUUAUCCCAUGAUUCAGGUUUUUAUAAUAAAGUAUAUACAGUGGAACCUCAACGAAGUGCCAAGGGACCAGCAAAACAUGCUCUCUAUAAGGUGAUUUCGUUAUAUCGAGAUUCUUUUCCAUAAAUGUUACUAUUAUUGGGGUAAAGAAAUUUGUUUUUUAUACCGAGGGCCUCGUUGUAAUUAUAGAGGUUCGUUUAAUCGAGGUUCCAGUGUAUACUUGUAACUUAACUCAGUUGAUGUCUAACUGAAAUCGCUGUGAGGGCUUUUCAUAGUAGACCGGUUCCUGCCGAAUUUUACCGGCGUGUUCUUGUGUCCCGGACAACCGUUCCAGCUUCAGGAUGGUACACACAGCAUUGAAGUCGGACAUUGAAGUUACACCAGAAGCUGUCAGUAUACAACCCGAUGUCUGUAUCACCGUGCAAUGGACGACAAAAAAAGUCGAGACACAAACAGGAAAACAAGACAAUAAUGCGGAGCCCACCCCCACCCCCAAACCACUGUUAACUUUUUUGUUACUGUCGUUUCCUAUAGCUAUGGUAUAAACAGCAGUACAAUAUCUUUUGUGGGAUAUUAGCGAGAGGGAAGGCUAGCUUUUUUUUCCAUUUUUAACGGAGAUAGUCCCUUAAAACGCAAAAACGGCCGUUUAGUACAAAGUGUCCCUUUUAGUCGGAAACUUCUUUACAUCAUCAUUUAUUUUGUCGUUUUUUUAGAUUGGAGCAAUUCAUGGUUCACCCGAGUACAAUCUCGGAAUCAGGAGAAAUGCGAUUAUGAACAAAGGUGAGAGAAGCAUUUGAUGUUUUUAUCAGAGUGCAUCACAUUUGUUCGUACAUUUCUUUGCUGUCACUGCACGACUACGACGUGAAAGCGCCUAAUUCACCACUUGCAUAUCUCCCAUAAUACUCUUUGUUUGUCCCCCAAAAUUUUGCAUAACCUUCGCUUUUCAUUUCUCCUGGGUAUUGCAGCCGUCCGAAGAGAAAUUGAAAAAAAUGCUUGUUAAAAAUUUUGUUGGGCAAAUAAGGUGCAUUAUGAGAAAUGUGCAAGUGGCGAAUGGAGGACGUAAACAAGCGAAGACGAAAUUUUCUCUCUUUCUAAACUUGAGUGCAGUCCCCAAGAAGUCAACUCCAGCGACAAGUUUUGAAAAAAAACGCGAGUUCAUUUUAAAAGUGACGUUUUGACUGCGGUCGCCGCCGUCAAUGCUUCUAAGCUUCCUUUUCAAAGGAAUUAACAACAAGAAGCGCCAGAAGUGCUAGUGGUUAUAGUGGUUGGUUUAUAGGUGCAUGCGCACAAGUUCUUUGCAUCACAUACGUAACGUAUGUUUUUUAUGUAUAUCUUUAGACAAACAUUAUAACACCAUCAAGGAACUAGCCGAUGCUCUUUCCGAAAGAGAAGUAGUCGGCGUGCUGAUAGACACAUACGCUGGCGCAACCCACAGAGAACUCUUCGCCAAUCCUUCAUUUAGAAUUGCACAGAUUAUUGACCAUAAAACAGCUUACGGUGUAGUCAUUGGCGGAGACUCAAUGCGUCUACGUCAUUGUUUCUAUGGUUACAUGCGCUCUCAUCGAGCGGAGAUUUUCUCGCGGGUGAAAGAAUUGGUUAAGCCUAUUGAGGUGAGUCUUACCAUGAUUUCUUUGUCUUGAUCCUCUCUGCCUUAAACAAUCACUUAUCAUGAAUCCACUCGGUCGUGGAUUUUAUUGGAUCUAAAGUCCUUUUUGGCCUUUAGAAAACAGUUCCUUUAGAAGCAAAACGCAAAAUUUGUUGCUGGAUUCAAGAAUCCCGAUUUGGAUUUCCUCCAACAAAAUGGACCCUUAUUAACACUUAAUCAUUAUCUGCAGUCAGAUCCCGUUAAUAAGUAAUUUGCGACACCUUCGAGUCUUCACCAAACAGUCACACCAUGCUUUAUGGGCACCCGCUUAAUACGGCACGUAGUGUCCGGUGUGGUGGUCUAUCUCACUUUCACACUCAUGUAUGGGGGAAUCAUUACUCAUUCCUUCAUUACUUGUAAACUGCACCUUAAGCAGUCUGGCAAAGUCCCCCAGCCAGUGUUGUAAAUUAUCCCUAAAAGACUCGAGGGGAGUGGAUAAUAUGAUAUUUACAUGUACAUUUUUCAUUUACACCUCAUUAUUACAGACAGUUUGCUUUGUCCCUGGGGAAAGAAACUCUUACAUUUUCCCUUAAUUCAACCUGCUUAACGGACACCGCAUUAAUACGGACGCUUUCUAUGCCCCCCUCAGUGUCCGUAUUAACCGGGUUUGCUGUAUAACGUAUCUCUUUAUUUUCCAGGGAUCAGGUGUGUCCGAUAAACAAGUCGUUCAGGAAAUCUCCACUGGUUUAUUUGAUAGCGGCACCGAUCUUUUCCGUAACACGCUGCUCAUAAGCGCUACAUGCACCAUAGCGGCUGUGGUUUUGGGUCUUUGUUUUGACGCUGUGAGGAGGAUACGACAUCGAGCAAAAGUCGAUCAGAAUAAAGGUGAGGCGGUUCAUUGCCUUUGAUCGAAGCGAAAUGCAACCUACACGUAGCCUGCAAGAAAGUUCUCCAUUUGGGAUUCAACGCGAGAAGUUAGGGCGCACGCGUAGGAAGCUAGUGAAGCAAGGCGUGGGGACGAGAUACAAUUGGUGCUCGCUCGUGCAUAUCCUUUGUUUUUGUACUGUUUAAAAAAUGAGCAGGAGUGUAUUAUCAGGUUUAAAAACUCGAGGCGAAGCCGGGAGUAUUUAAACGUGAUAAUACACGACUAUCAUCAACAACAUCAUCAUCAUGUUUAUUAUCAUAAUCACCAUCGUCAUUAUCACCAUCGUCGUCAUCAUCAUUAUCAUCAUUAUCAUCAUCAUCAUCACUUGUUGCGAUUUACAAUCGACUGCAACGGUUAAUGAUAAACUCGUGACCCUCUUUUGAAUAACUUAAUUAUGAUAGAUUGUAGUACUGUAUAGUGAGAAAUGUCUCUGGUACUUCAUACAGGUUUAUCAGUUCAUAAAGAAAAGAUGAUUAAAGAAAUGAGGUUGACAGUGAAAGAUUUCUGCCAGCAUUCGACAAACACUCUAAGUGUUAUGAAGGCAAAGUACAAGAAGGAACUUCUCAAACGCGCGAAGUAUUCUUCAAUGAGAGAAAACAGGAUAUUUUCUACAUCUACAGUUUCUUCAGCUUUUAAAUCCAAAGAAGUCGUUGACAUUUCCGUUAUCAAUUUGGAAAAUAAUAAAAACGAAGACUCUAAAUGUUAA